AUGCCGCCAAGAUUCUCCCUGCCCUGUCGGUCGGCUUCUGCAUACUUCAGCAAACGCCCCGGGCCGAGUGUGCUUGGGCGACUCAGAGGACAACACGUCGAUGCCGGACUCUCCUCACCUCGCAGGGCUAGGGCGGCUCCCUCCCCUCCUGAAGCCCAGGGUGUCGAAGGUGAGCCUUCCAUCUCUGAGAAUCAGCUUCUUCUGUCGAGCGCCCAAGAGGCUCUGGCAACUCCUGGUCUUCACUUCACCGAUGGUCACGGUCCUCUUGGUCCCACAGGAAGGGGAAGGCAGACUCGGCGGAUGAAUUUGUAUGGUGCCAUACGGGAAGCACUCGGGACUGCUCUCGGAUCAAAUCCCAAGGCGGUGAUCUUUGGAGAGGACGUUGCGUUUGGAGGCGUCUUCCGCUGCAGCAUGGGGUUGAUGGAAGAGUUUGGAAAGAAGAGGGUGUUCAACACACCACUAUCUGAGCAAGGCAUUGCUGGGUUUGGAAUUGGGUUUGCCAGUGUGGGAGCCACAGCCAUCGCCGAGAUCCAAUUUGGAGACUACAUCUUUCCUGCUUUCGACCAGCUCGUCAACGAAGCAGCUAAACAGCAUUAUGCCAGUGGUGGAGCGUAUCCACUGCCUGGGGGCUCGUUGACAAUCCGCGCUCCUAUCGGUAGUGUUGGUCAUGGAGGACUUUAUCACUCACAGAGUCCAGAGGGCUUCUUUCUUGGAGCAGCAGGGCUCAAAGUCGUCAUUCCUCGCUCCCCUAUCCAAGCCAAGGGUCUGCUCUUAUCCGCCAUUCGGGAUCCCAGUCCGAUCCUAUUUCUCGAACCAAAGAUCUUGUAUCGCGCCGCCGUGGAAGAAGUUCCCAUCGACGAUUACACUUUACCUUUGGGUCAGAUGGAGAUUGUGAGACCCGGGACGGACUUGACUCUGAUCUCGUACGGCUUACCGUUAUACACCUGUCUCAACGCCAUCACACUCCUCCAUGAUCCACCAGCAACGCUGAUGCCCCUCCUCCCUGACAAGCUUCGACCACCUCGACCCAUAUCCAUUCAGCUCAUCGAUCUCCGAAUGAUCAAUCCACUUCCGAUCAACAGCGUGGUCGAGGCAAUCAAGCAGACCGGUCGGGUGGUCAUUGUCCACGAGGCCGGCCCGAGUGGAGGAGUAGGGAAUAACCUGGCAGGCGAAUUGGGCCGUCGCGCUUUCGAGUAUCUGGAGGCUCCGAUAGGAUUAGUCAGUGGCUGGGACACCCCUGUUCCCCUGACAUUCGAAAGAUUCUAUCAACCAGAUGUUAUCAGAGUCUUUGAUAAGCUCUUGGAGACCUUGUCGUAUUGA